CGUGCAAGUGUUGUGUUUCUAAUGGUGAGGUGUGUGGUUAUACCCUUGGCAUGUAUAGGUAUAGGUGUUGACGAUGAAUCUGACCAAGGUUAUUGCUAAAGUAGAGAUGCAGUUUGUGUGUUUUCCUGGGUUAAUACGUCUGUAGGAAGUUGGCCAUGCUUGAUGAUUUAACAGGAUGGAUGUUUUUAGAACGGUCAUUUUUUUAUUAUGUUAUUGUCAGGUCUCUUGUUGUUUCCAGUACGCCUCGAAAAAACCCAGUUCUAUUAUUAUUAUUAUUAUUAUUAUUAUUUCUGUCUCGUCUAGGUAACAAGGUGGUCAGUUUCAACCUUAACCUGUUCAUCAAAUGAUCUUUCAUCACGGGUUAACAUAUUUCGGCCGACGCUUGAUUUGAUAAGUACUGGCAGGAAUUUCGCGUGUCGAGAGCAAUUAUGAGCACCUAACUCCCUCGCCUGUCUAUAAGCCUGAGAUAAGAUACCGUUACCACGAUUAGCGCCCGCUGGCGCGGUGUAUAUAAACCUAUAUACACGUACCUUGUAUACCUGAAGGGCGGUUUAGUGCCGAGUUUCUCGUUGGCCUGGUGGUGGGUUGGCUAGGACUGGAGAAUGUUGCCAUGCCCCUGAGAGUUUACGUUUGUAAUCUGGGAAAUAGCGUCAAAGUUGUGGGGCUGACCUUUGCUGUUUGUGUUUGCUCAGUUAGAUGACAAAUCCUUCUUGACCUGCUGAGUCGAUGACGUCAUUGCCGAUACAGACUUGGAUUUACUGACCUUCACCUACAAUUUCCCGACCAAGAAUUGCCUCCCCUUCACCAUGCCCGUGUUUGUUAAUGAUGACUACCUCCUGUUCGAGGCAGUGAAAUGGGGCAAGCGGGACAAGGUUCGGGGAUUGUUGUCGUCUGGUUGUCACCGUAACCUGAGGGACGAUGCAGGCAGGACGGCUGUGCACUGGGCGGCCGAGAGAGAUUAUUUGGACGUCUUGUAUCUCCUCAUUGAUGAGAACUGGGAUCUCAACACUGCAGACGCCAAGCAGCAGACACCUCUACUGAUAGCUUGUAAUUACAGGCGGGAGAAUGUGGCGUCUUGUCUGAUAACGAUGGGUUGUGACGUUAACGCUGCAGACAUUACAGGCAACACGCCACUUCACCGAGCUGUUCGUAUGGAUAUCGAGACUAUCGCUGCAAUGCUGUGUAAGUUCGGGGCAGAGGUUGAUAGUAAGAAUGGAGCCUGGUGGACGCCAUUACACGAAGCUGCAAGGACAGGAAACGAAAGGAUUGUGAAGAUGUUGCUACAACGUAAUGCUGACGUCAACGCCGUCACAAAGAAAGGGUCAACACCGUUCCUUACGUCUAUAUUCUAUUACAAAAUUGCUCAAAAGAAUACUUACACUAACCUCGACAACAUAUUAAAGAUGUUUGUCGACUCCCGAUGUAGACUUAGCCAAAGCGACGGGCAAUGGACACCCCUGUCUGCGUCAAUCUCCACUGACAACAGUUUUAUUGCCGCGUUGCUUAUUUACAGUGGUUGUAUGUUCGAGAAGCGGAACAAGUAUUCCCGUAGCCUCCUGGUCGAGGCGUUCACCCGAUGUGAACCCUUUGUCAGCCGACUCAUGGUAAUGGCGGGGUACCAGGUGAACCAGGAAGAGGUAGAUAUGUGUUCGCGGAGAAUCCCCUCAUUCUCGAGAACCUUCAUGAGACUGGUUGAACCCAACACUGACAUCAGCAGUGGGCGCUAUGACCUGCUAAACUGGUUACGCGAACACGCGCGAACGCCCAAAAGUCUCAGUGAGCUGAGUCGAGCUUCUAUUCGACAUUCCUUGAACUUGGGAGCAGACGACACUUCGAUUCUGGACAGCAUAUAUCAGCUGCCACUUCCAGAGUGUCUGAAAAACUUUCUAGCCAUGUCGGACUUUAUUUCAGGGAUUUUAUGAAUGAUAAGAAUUAUUUAGCUAAACUGCCGGGCAACAGAAAACACACUUGGAAAUUGGAUUUGACCUAAACAUUACAAACGUUAUCGAAACGUUACUGGGCUGAAAACAGUCGCCGAAACACUGCAAAGUGAAGGUCCUAAACACAACUAUGAUACCCGUAUCAAAUACAUCACCAUCGAAUAAUUUCAUUUCACCAUUUCUUGUUUGAUUAAUUUUUAGCCACCAUCAAACAUGGGUGUAUGCUUUCGUUUGCCCGGCAGUUUAUAUUGUAUAAUUAUGUAUUUCACCAUGUGGCAGGCAUGGUGGUGUUGGAAAUCCAUAGGUAUCGACCAGCUCCGUGUUGUGUUAUAACACAAGCAUAUCGAAACGUCAUAAUGACGUCACUCACUUGUGUUUAUUGAAAACAGUUUUAUUUGAAUCAUGAAAAUACAAGUUGGGGACGAGUGAUACUUGUACAAAUAUUUGCUCCCCCCCCCCCCCCUGUAAAAAAAAAGUUAACUACGGCCUUGUGGAUCCAGGAGAUAUGACACACUUGAUAGUCGAAGAUGGAACAGAUACGUCAGCUAUUACCCUCCUAUGCAAAGCUAGUCUGUAACCUCAUCAAAAUACAUUCCUUCCCUUUUUGCCACUUUGAACUUUUAGCCUUGGAAUCUAGAUGGCAUUGACAUAGAUCCAGAAGUGUUCUCCCAACCAGUUUUCACUAGUUAUAUACUACUCAACUUUUGAUAGGACAGUCAGAUAUUAAGAUAAAUUAUCCCUAUCAAAUGUGGAGUAGUAUAGUAUGGUAUAACUGGACAUUGGCAAGUUCCUUGUACGAAAUAUAUACCACCAACCAGUGCGACGGUUAGCCAUCUUUGCAGCGCGACACGAAUGUGGCAUCCCAUAUACAUUGUGUGAUGAAUACAAGACAAGUAAGUCUUGGCGGCACCGAAUGCCAUAUUGCUACUGCAUAAAAAAAAUCUAAUAUUAUCUUCUGAGAAGGUGAAAAAUCGUUUAGCUUACAUGAUGUGUGUUCAGUAGUCAGGGAAUAUGGAGCUUUUGCUCUGGUUGUUGUGCAAUAUAAUCUGUUCUAUGAGUGUUCUAUCGGCUGUGCAUGAUUUAUCGAUACUCACAAUGUUGGGUGUGAAUGCUUUAAUUUACCGUAUUCUCUCGUAUGGUCGGACAUGAUUGUACUGUACAUUAGGCUGAAGAAAUGAAAAUGUUUCUCGUUCGUCGGCGCAUCACUUGAUACUGCGCACCAGUCAUUUUGUUGCAAGUGAAGCACACAGAUAUCCAUAAAAUAAAAUGCUUUACAACUGACGUUGUAUUAAAGAGCUGGGUUCACUGUAUUCCCAGUUUUGUUUGUUGGUAUUCUUGGUAGGGAAAAUGUAACAAUGUUCAUCCCACAACAUUUUUUUCAGUAAGAAAGUUGUAAAAGUUGCCUUACCGCCUGCUCUCUUUUGAGACAAAUGUACACAUGUUUUGUUGUUGCAGCCUUAUGGUGGAUAUGAGUGUACGGCUAACGCGUAUAUUGCUAUAGAACGCCGCACCCUCCUUUUGGAGGAAACACGGUAUAACGUGAGACUGGAGAUGCUUGUCGGAAUAAAUCGAGUUCAUAUUCUAGUA